UUCUUCUUCAUCUUCUUCUUCAUCUUCUUCGUUGCUGCUACGCGAACAUUUAACGGAUUUAACGACAGUCAUCACCGGACCCGACCGGAGAGGGUCAUUUUUUGUAUUUUGGAUUUUUAAAAAUUAUUUUUUUUAAACUCAGAUGUAACUGACACCAAAAAAAAAGGGGGCGAGAAGAAGUGUGCGAGUCAGCCCCGGCUUGCAUCCACGCUUUCGGGGAAGACUGCUGGACCACAUCGAUGAUGAUGAUGAUCCAGGAGAGGUUCAGACUGUAAAUAACUUUUUUUUUUUUUUUUUUUUUUUUUUGGCGCCCCAGAUUACAUUGAUAUACAGUCCUCCUUUUAUUCAAGUCGUCGCCUGGGACUUCCUUUGCGGGACCCAGAGUGGUUCACCCUCCCCAUGGAACGCUCCGCAUCUUUGGAUAUAGAGGCGCUCAAGAUGACCCAGGAGCAGUACAUCCUCGCAGCGCAGCCCAACUCCCUCCACCAGCGGGGGGCGUCGGUGUGCGGGGCCCAGGUGUACCCCGCCGUCGGGAUCUACGGCUGGAGGAAGAGAUGCUUGUACUUCUUCAUCCUCCUCCUCCUCGUCACGAUGAUUGUCAACCUGGCGCUGACCAUCUGGAUACUCAAAGUCAUGAAUUUCACUCCGGAUGGAAUGGGCAAACUGCGAGUGACCAAAGAAGGAGUGAGACUAGAAGGGGUGUCUGAAUUCCUAUUGCCUUUAUACGUCAAAGAGAUUCAAUCACGGGGGGACAGUCCAUUGAUCAUGCAGUCUGAUAGAAAUGUGACUAUCAAUGCGAGGAAUGGCGAGGGACAACUCACUGGUCAGCUUACCGUGGGCUCAGAAAUGGUGGAGGUCCAGUGUCAGAGGUUUGAGGUGAAGAGCGCGGAUGGGGAUAGAAUCCUUUUCUCCGCAGAUGAAGAGGAGGUCAGCAUCGGCACAGAAAGACUCAGAGUGACAGGUUCUGAAGGGGUGGUGUUUAGCCAUUCGGUACAGACGUCACAUGUGAGGGCAGAACCUUCCCAGGAUCUAAAGCUCGAGUCCCCGACUCGGACGCUAACCCUCGAGGCCCCCCGGGGUGUUGAGCUGAAUGCCGGCGUUGGGGACUUCACCGCAUCUUGUCGGAAGGACCUCCUGCUACAGUCCUCGGAAGGAGAGAUCUUUCUAGAUGCAAAUAACAUCCGUCUGGGCAACAUUCCACUUGGUAGUGCAGUGGACCCAUUGGAAGGAGCGGCAGCAGGUACUACCUACACCAAACAGACGGGGGUGUACGAACUCUGUGCCUGCGCCAAUGGCAAGCUGUACCUAUCCCCGGCGGAGAAAAGCUCGACCUGCCAAACGACGAGUAACUUUUGCCUCUGGAGCUGAAAGUAGAGAGCUGAACAAAAGAGACAGCACCAAUGGAUGAUUGGAGAAAAGCUAAUGCUAGCCAACUGACUGAAUCAAUAUGGAUCAUAGCUGGGCUGAAUCGAUAUCGGAAGCCAGCGGACCAGAUCGCCACGGACUACAGCAUGGCGACAAAUUCACAUUCUUUAAUGAGUCAAA